CCAGGGGCGGACUGACCAUUUGGAAACUCAGGCACUGCCCGAGGGCCCGGGGUCAGUAGGGGGCCCCCAUGAGAUGCCCCUGGUACCUUUAUCAUAGGCUUUUUUGAGUUUGGGCAAGGACACAGGGGUCCCAUGAUCCCCUUAUUGCCCGGGGGCCCCAUGAGUUGUCAGUCCACCCCUGGUUCCCACUAUGGAGAUUCACCUUGUCUAGAGGCACAUACAGUAAAGGAAAUAAGGUCCCCAUGAGUUGUCAGUCCGUCCC